AUGUCGACUGAUAGCAAUUCCAACAGCCUUUCCACUAUAUUUAUAGACCAGCCUCCCAGCUGUCUCCAGUUUUGCCCUACAGCCCCUUAUUUCCUAGUGAUUGGAACAUACCUUUUAACGAUACAUGAAUCCGAUGCCAACUCAUUGUCCCCAGAGUCAUCUCGCUCGGGUAGCCUUCAGCUAUUUAGACUAAAUCCCCAGUCAUAUCAUCUUUCCCAAGUGCAGAGGCUAUCGCUAUCUCAUGCGGUAUUUGACCUUCAGUUUUCUUUACAUGACCCUUCGCUCUUUGCUGUUGCAUUGAGUGCUGGAAAGGUUUCGCUAUAUAGGGUUGAAAGUAGCUCUGAUGGCCCAGAUGCUGAUGUUUCUACCCAUUUUCUGAAUACCCUGAAUGUGCGUAAUGGUGAUACAAAUCUCAGUUUAUUUUUGGCCUGGAUUCCACCUUUGCCUCUGGAAGGAGAGCACGACAGGCCCCCUGCUACUGGCUUUGCGGUCUCGUUCUCUGACGGCCAAGUGUCGGUUUUCCAGAAAGAUAAUUUGUCCCCCACCUUACAGCAAGAAUCGUUGAAGGAGACACGUCUGGAAGGGAUGUCAAUCGAAGUUUGGUAUUUGGCAUUUCAUAGACGACAUGAUGGCCAACUUUCACUUUUCAGCGGGGAUGACUUCAACCAGGUUCGGGAAUUUACAUUUACAGACGAUUCAGAUUUCAACAUCGGAUCUCCGCCAUUUAAUGAUCGUGGCAAGUUCCAUGAAGGAGGAGUUACAGCUAUCCUACCACUGUGCAAUAGAGAUGAAGGAUCGAUUAUCCUUACUGGCAGUUACGAUCAGCAUGUUCGAGUCUACCGGUUCGGAACGCGCAGACAGGUUCUAGCAAGUAUGGAUCUAGGCGGAGGAGUCUGGAGGCUGAAACUUCUCAGAGUUGAAGACAAUCCCGAACCACAGGGAGCUCUAAAAAGUUAUGCUAUUCUUGCUAGCUGUAUGCAUGGCGGUGCGCGUGUAAUUCGUGUGGCGCAUCAUCUGAAGGAUUCAAAUACUGAGAAUACUUGGGAUAUCGAGAUUGUCGCUCGGUUCACAGAGCAUGAGAGCAUGAAUUAUGCUUCGGACGUGUGGCCGGGUUACUAUAAACCAUCUGAGUUGCUUUGUUUGUCUAGCAGCUUCUACGAUAAAAGGGUACCUUCGGGUCAAUCUCCGCAAACAUUUGGGCCAAUUUCGAAAGCUAAGGCUUUGACCAACUUUGACAUGGCGUAG